AUGGAUACCUCUGAGGACAACAGUAAGGGCGCCUUCUAUGAUGAACUCAAUGCGUUGAUAUCUAAAAUACCAAGCCAGCAGGUGGUCGUUGUCGGAAUCGACGCAAAUGCGAAGAUGGGACUCGAACAGCAAUCCGAUGUGCUAGGAAAAUGGUAUUAUCCAGCGGAGCGCACGUCGGACAACGGUGACCGUCUGCCGACUUGUGCGAACAGAAGGGCUUCAUCAUCGCUUCCAAGUUUCUACGUCCACGAAUCAUCGACGCCAUCAGCUCACGUGGCUCUUCUAACAAUGAAGAGCAGCGCAAGCGGAAGAUGA